AUGGAACGUCUACUCUUCGCUCUGGCCCUCAUUGGGGUCACUCUUGCCUGUCCACCAGUUCCACAACCGGCAGUCACUGGAAAAGGAAGUGAAACAGCCAAGAUCACAAUAGUUACCAGUGAUGCAUACAAUCCGAGUCAACUACAACAAUUCAUGAACCAGUUCGAUCAAACAGAUAUCGAGCAAUACUCUGCAGCUCUUGGUGACUUCGAUGAUCUGAGUUCUGCAGACGUCGAUGGCAAUUUCGCUUACGUUUUCAUCCUUUAUGACUGUGUUUGCAACAAGGUACAUUUAUGGCUGAAACCAAAUUGUGGACAGCUCAAGCUCUUACAAAAACGCCACUAUGAUAUGUCCCUAC